ACUUUCCCGCUGCUGAAAAAAGCGGCGUUUCCUUCUGAAUUAGGCGUUCCCCCAUUAUUCCUUUCAUUAACGAAAGGUUGCAGAGAUGGAGGACACCACUAUACCAUUCAAAAAUCUUCACAGCAGAGAAUAUCAAGGUCACAAGAAGAAGGUGCAUUCGGUGGCUUGGAAUUGCACAGGCACGAAAUUGGCAUCUGGUUCUGUUGAUCAAACAGCUAGAGUCUGGCACAUCGAGUCGCAUGGACAUGGCAAGGUUAAAGACGUAGAGUUGAAGGGACACACAGAUAGUGUGGACCAGCUAUGCUGGGAUCCAAAACAUGCUGACUUAAUUGCAACUGCAUCGGGUGAUAAGACUGUCCGCCUGUGGGAUGCCCGUAGUGGAAAAUGCUCUCAGCAGGUUGAACUAAGUGGUGAAAAUAUCAACAUCACAUACAAACCUGAUGGGACACACAUAGCUGUUGGGAACAGGGAUGAUGAGCUAACAAUACUGGAUGUUCGAAAAUUUAAGCCCAUUCACAAACGCAAGUUCAGUUAUGAGGUAAAUGAGAUUGCUUGGAAUACAACAGGGGAGGUUUUCUUUCUUACAACUGGAAAUGGCACUGUUGAGGUAUUAGCUUACCCAUCUCUUCGUCCACUUCACACCCUUAUGGCUCACACUGCAGGCUGCUAUUGCAUUGCUAUUGACCCAAUAGGAAGAUAUUUUGCUGUUGGAAGUGCUGAUUCUCUGGUCAGCCUUUGGGAUCUCUCAGAGAUGCUUUGUGUGCGAACAUUCACAAAACUUGAGUGGCCUGUCAGAACCAUAAGCUUCAAUUACACGGGAGAUUAUAUUGCUUCUGCCAGUGAAGAUUUAUUUAUUGAUAUUUCAAAUGUACAGACUGGAAGAAUGGUCCAUCAAAUUCCUUGUCGGGCUGCAAUGAAUAGUGUUGAAUGGAAUCCCAAAUACAAUUUACUGGCAUAUGCAGGCGAUGACAAGAAUAAAUAUCAGGCUGAUGAAGGUGUGUUUCGAAUAUUUGGCUUUGAGAGUCCCUAGCGUCCAACAAAAUUUUACAUGGGUUUGUAGAAUGCAGGUGGUUGGCAUUGGAAAACUUCAUUUCUUAAUUGAGUUGUUGCUUGUAAACUGUGGAAAAUCAAUCAUGGGAUGCCCAUGCUCAUGGAUGCACUUAGAGAUGACAUUCCUAUACUGCUUUGAUGUUCUUUAACAACAUUUGCACUGUUUUCAUUAGCAUUUUUGAUCCUUUGAACAAUUAUGACUUUCUUUCUUUCA